AUGGCCACUAUGGCCCCUCAAGCUACGUCUAGCUUCAAGCAGGCCGGCAAGGUUGUAUGCAUCGGUCGCAACUUUGCGGAGCACAUUGCUGAGCUGAACAACACCAAACCCAAGCAGCCCUUCUUCUUCCUGAAACCUACGUCUUCCAUCGUCCUACCAGGCGAGGGUCCCGUCCUGAGGCCCAAGGGCAUUGACAUGCACUAUGAGGUCGAGUUGGCUCUCGUAAUUGGAAAGCUUACCCGGGAUCUUCAAGCCUCUGAUACCCAGGGAGCUCUUGAUGCUAUCAAAGCUUACGCUAUCGCCAUUGACUUCACCGCCCGCAACGCCCAGAAUGAGGCCAAGAAGAAGGGUCUCCCAUGGGACAUCGCCAAAGGUUUCGAUACUUUCUUGCCUCUGAGCAACCUCAUCCCCAAAACUGCCAUUAAGGACCCUCACAAUGUUGAGCUCUUCCUGCAACUCAACGGCGAGACCAAGCAACAGGGCUCAACCAACCUCAUGAUUUACCAGAUCCCUCGUAUCUUGAGCGACAUCUCCAAGGUUAUGACUCUUCACCCCGGCGAUAUUGUUCUUACUGGUACACCUGCCGGCGUUGGUCCUGCCGUGCCGGGUGAUGUGGUUCGGGCGGGUGUAAGAAUUGACGGAAAGGAGUUGGAGGAGGGUGCCAUUGAGAUUCCCGUGGAGGAAUCGCCUAGCUCAUAUAGUUUUGCCGAGACUUGA